AAUAAAAUUGUAUUGUGCGAUUCGAACCAAGUUUCAUUAUAUUUUAAUGGUUCAUUAUAGUUUAGACACCACUGCAGCACAUCGGUCAUUUAAAAUCAAAAUGACCGCCACUUCUUUCAAAAUUAAUGCAGUUAAUUUCACGACAGGUAAUAAAUAAUACAUAAAAAAAUUAAAUAACUUGGUUUGCUUUGAGAACUCGUUGGUAUCGUCUGUAUAUUAUUUACUUUUACAGAGCAGAAAAUCGUUACAAAGUUGGUUUAUAUUUGCUAUAUUCAAAAAAGCAUUAUUAAAAUUCAGUGACCAUUAGAAAUUAAAUAUUAGACCAUAUAAACCAUUAGAAAAUUUUUUUGAUUGAAUUCAAUAUCCAGAUACUUUGUCAUCCAGCAGAGAAACUCUGCUAAACUUUUGCUUAAGCAAACAAAAUACUGAAAACAGAAUUACGACUUUUAUCGAAAAAGAGAGAAAUCUUGAGAACGAAAACAUUUGACAACUAACUUUCACGACAGCUGGUGACUUGUACCAGAAAAACUUCUUGAAAUUAUAUUUUUGCUUAAUAUCUGCGUGAACAAAUAUGGCUCCUGCUGUGAUGCUUCCCGACUCAAUGACGAAACAACUGCACCUGUCACGUAACCUACAGGCGGGGGGCUUAGGGGGGAGAGGAGGGGGUGAUGGAGGGGAUAAAUUCACAGCCGACAUCAACACAGGAGCGCGAGGCAAAUUCGCGGAGACACCGGCCACCGCCACUGACACGGCCAAGUUCUCAAUGGAGUCCCACAAACUGUCGCAGCACUCAAAGAGUCUGUUUGAAAGCGCAUUGGGAGCAAACAACCAUUCAAAGCAAGAUCUCAGUAAAAUCCCGUCUGCUGUCAGCAAUCACAGUCGCAGUUACAGCUCCUCCCCCCGCAGGGUCCCGAGUGAGGGGGGCCUCCAGUCGGGCAGAAGGAAGAAGUGCUCAGUGGGCGCCAGACCCUCCCCCCGGCUAGUGACUUUCUUCCAAGACCACGAGGAAGAAGGGGAGGAGGAGGAGGAGGAUGAGGAAGGGUUUGUUCCUGGAGGAUUUAAGGGAGCGAUUGAGGAAAGUGAAGACAAAGAAGCUUCCGGUGGAUUUUUUGUGCCCAGUUUCAUGCGCAAAAGAGAAGAGGAAUUAGCCGCAAAGCUUAAGAAUAAACAAGACAACAGCAAUGAUAAGCCCAAAAUAGACCCAGUGGUGGUGAAACAGAGACAACUGCAGGAGGAAUGGACGACAGUGUGUGUGGGGCUGCAGACGAGAGACAGAUUUGAGAGCGACCAGCAUAGAAUCAAUGAGUGGAACGAGAGGAAGGCAUCGCUCAGACCAAUCAAGACCAUGCCCCUUCUGUAGAGAUAUGAAACACAACAUCAUCGCCCAUCCACACCAAUUAGACCCUUCAAUUGACUCCUUUACCCCCUAAACAAUCCACAAUCCACUUGAUCUGAUGGGGGCAUGUUUUCUGUUAGUCUUCUAACCACCCUCAAACCGUCACAAUUUUUCAUCAGAAGUUAUUCAUACCAAAGUAAAUGAAAUAGUAGCAGAUAUAUCAAAUUAGGACGGAUAACAUCCAGAGAAAAGCGCAUCUGUUUGGUACCGCCUAAAAUUUAAUAGAUUCGUAUUUUCGAAUAGGUUGCAAAACUGGGAAAAACUUUUCGCCAAUUAAC